CACGCACAUACGCAGCGUGGGCAGAGCCGCGCCCGCCCGCUCUCUCCGUCGGAACAGCGCGCGCAGGCCCCAGCGCGGCGUGGGGCCGGGAGCCCGGCGCCUCUCCUUUCCUGGCUGCGCAAUCGCCGGGGCGGUCGAGCUCCUUCUGGCCGCUGGCACCUUGCGCGAGCGAACCUGCUGACAUGACUGAUCAUGGGGAUGAUGAGCUGUCCUCUAGGACAGGGAGUCCAGACGGGGAAGGUCGGGCCCAUGAGGAGAGAUCCUUGCUCCAUCAGAGUCUGGCAGUCAGGGAACUCAUCGACACCGAGGUCUCCUACUUGCACGUGCUCCAGCUUUGUGCCUCGGACAUUAGGAGCCACCUGCAGCAGCUGCCGCAGGGAGAUCUGGAUGUCCUGUUCUCAAAUAUCGAUGAUAUCAUCAAGGUGAACAGCAAAUUGCUUCAUGAUCUGCAGGAGAUAGCCGCCAGGGAAGAGGAACAAGUGCAGCUGAUUGGCAACUUAUUCCUGGAAUUCCAAGAGGAGUUGGAGCAAGUCUAUAAAGUGUACUGUGCCAGCUACGAACAGGCCUUGCUGCUGGUGGAGACCUACCGGAAGGAGCCACGGCUGCAGGGGGAGAUCCAGAACACCAUUGAGGCAGUGCUGCCUCAAGCUGGACCCUCAGGCCUCAGCUUCUUGCUGGUAAUUCCUUUGCAGAGGAUUACCAAAUACCCAUUGCUGCUGCAGAAAAUUCUGGAGAACACACUCCCUGAUGCCAGUGCCUACCCUGUCCUUCAGAGGGCUACCUCUGCCCUCCAGGACGUGGUCACCAACAUCAAUGAGUACAAGAGGCGCAAAGAAGUGGCCUCCAAGUACACCAAGGUGGAGCAUCUGAGCCUCCGGGAGCGACUGGCCCGCAUCAAUAUGCACACCCUUUCCAAGAAGACCACCCGGCUGAGCCAGCUGCUGAAGCAGGAGGCGGGGCUCGUACCCAGGACAGAAGACAAGGAAUUUGAUGACUUAGAAGAGAGCUUCCACUGGGUGUCGCUGUGUGUGACCGAGCUGAAGAGCAAUGUGGCUGCUUACUUGGAUAAUUUGGAGGCUUUCCUCCGCUUCCGGCCCCAGGAAUACGAUCUCGACAUCCCUGGGGGGCCUGUGGUGCAGUACUGUUACCUGGCAAGAGACCUGCAGCUCCAGGCCUUCCCUGAUUUUAAGCAGCGGCUGGAAGCCCUGGUGUGGCAGCCAUUGUGCAGCCUGGCCAAAGCCUUGGCCGGCCCUCAGAAUCUGAUCAAGAAGCGUCUGGACAAACUACUGGACUUUGAGAGGGUGGAAGAGAAGCUGUUGGAGGUGGGCAGCAUGACCUAUGAGGAAGAGGCGGCCUGGCACAUGUACGAGGCACUCAACUCCCUGCUAGUGGCUGAGCUCCCACAGUUUAAGCAGCUGGCCGUGCGGUGGCUGGGCCAGAUUCUGUGCACAUUUGUGACCCUCCAGAGGGACCUUGCAAAGCAAGUGCUGCAGAGGGCAGAGGGCAGCUUGGCCCAGCUUCCCCACCACCACAUCUCUGAUCCAGCCUUCAGGAAGGUGGUGGAGGAUGCACUGGACCAGACCGGUCAUCAGCUUCACUCCAUUCAAGAGAACUUCGAGAAAGUGCUGCCACCUCCCACCACACAACCACUCCUUCCAGGGGCUGAACACCAGGUGCAGGCUCUCCUGAGCAGGUAUGGCCCGGGAAAGCUGUACCAGGUGACAAGCAACAUCAGCGGGGCUGGGACUCUGGACCUGACUUUGCCUCGGGGCCACGUCGUAGCCCUCCUUCAAGACAAGGACACCAAAGGCAACAGCAGCCGAUGGCUGGUGGACACUGGAGGACAUCGAGGGUACGUGCCAGCGGGGAAACUGGAGCUGUACCACGUGGUCCCCCGUGAGGAGGAGCUCAGAGGGCAGGCGAAGCCUCACAGGGACUCCCCACGUCAGACACCAGAGCCCAGCUUGGCCCCUGUCCCUUCUGUCCCAGCAGUGACCCAGGUGGUGGCAGUGUACCCCUUUGUGGCCAGAAGCAGCCAUGAAGUGAGUCUGCAGGCAGGCCAGCAGGUGACUGUCCUGGAGGCCCAGGACAAGAAGGGGAACCCAGAAUGGAGCCUUGUGGAAGUGAACGGACAGAGGGGCUAUGUGCCUUCCAGCUUCCUGGCCAGGGCCCCAGGUCCAGCUCUGUGGGGCUGGAGUCUGCCCUCUUAGGGUACCUUCCUUGGAGCCCAUGUUCCAAGAGGCUUAGAGGCUGUGACCCUGGGAGGGAAAAGAAGCAAAGAGAAGGUGGGGGUGGAUGGGGAAAUCAGGCCAGGUGGGGUGAAGGGCACCCAGAGGCAGCCAGAAGAGGUAGGUGGGCCUUGCAGAGUGCCUGGCGUGGGUGGACAUGAAAGGCUCCAACCAGGACGGCUCAUUAUGUCUGCAUGAAGAGGGCGUUCCAACCUGAGUCACAACACCUGGGAUGGCAGGUCACAGCUGAUUGGCCAGGACUUGCUUAUGGCCAGUCUUACCUGUGCCCCGUCCGGGCCUGCCCAUGGGAGUGGGUCACCCAGGUGAGCAUUACCUGUGUGCUGUGUGGUUGCAUGGAGGCACACUGGAGAGUCCAGAACCGCCUGGCCUGGCAGUUCACUUCCUUCCUGUGGUAUAAAGAGACAACGGCUGACCAGUCAGCUUUUAUUUCUCCAUGCUGGGAGCUGAGUUAUCUUGGGCAAUGAACCCCUGGGAGCCCUCUCUAGCAGGGGAAUGAGGGCUUGUUGGGGCAGUGGAGAGUUUCCCAGGAGACUUUUGGCUGGGCCAGGGAGUAGGUGUGAGCAAGUCACGAUUCUGGGAUGUGUUAAGGCAAAUGCAGAGGCUGCUCCAGGGAAGAGGGGAUUUUUGAGGGUGUGCUAGGUGGGGUGUGUGAGGCUGUUAGCAGCAGUUGUACACUGCAGCUGUGUUCUCUGGAUUAGGAGACAGAGGGGGUAUGCAAGUCAUAGAGGAAACUCUGUGAAGCAGGUAACUAAAGGCCUGGUGGGUGGGUAAUGACUUGGUUUCCUGUUUCUGGAAGAAGGGGAGCCAGUGGAACCCCCAGUGGUUUCAGGAGGCUGCUGAGGGCUUGGAGGCAACAGUGGAGGUGAUGUCAGUUGGCUGUGGCCCCUCAGACAUAGGACACAACCUCAGUUUUCCCAUCUAUAAAGACCUAACUCAUAGGCUUGUAGUGAGAAUGACAUGAUGCUAAGGAUAUGGAAGCUUCUUGCAAGUUGUGAAGUGUGAUAUAAAUGUAAAUUGCAGGAUGUCUAGGAAGUGGUCUCAGGAUGGCCCCAGCCAUCGGCUGGCCGCUCGCCAUGCCCAUGGCCAUGACGGACAUUAUUAAUCACUGUGGCAUCCUUUCCCAUAAACCCAGGAUCCCUCCCAACGCUGCAAUCUAGGUAACCAAACUCUUGAGCUUGGUGAGAUCAAACUUAUUGUCAUCGCUUUCUAGAAUUUAGAAAUUGAAGCCCCUCAAAACAGUUCUGUUCAAGGAAGACUGACCGCUGGGGCGAAUUUGGGUGCAGCCGCUAUUGGAUCAUCAUCUCUAGGUUGUAACUUGGGGCUCACAUAAAUUGCAAGAUUCACAGGAGAGGGAAAAGAUGAUCCAUUGUAACUUUUAAAAUAAAUUACAGAUCAUUUAAAAAUAUAUUACAGAGAGGGCAGAGUCAAGAUGGUGUACUAGGAGGACGCAGAAUUCGCGUCUCUUCACAACUAGGGCGCCUACUGGGCACCAGUGGGCGACCACGGACACCUAAGGGGACGGGAGGAACCUAC